AUGUGUAGAGUAAAAUAUUGUGUUACAGCACCUUCGUUCUGCGACCUCCAUAGUGCCACUAGGACCCGAGACCUGUCAAGAGUGAAACUCAUCUUGUCCCAAGGAAGGGCGGACAUUAACUGUAAAGAAUGGAUUGGAAGGACACCGGUGAUGUUUGCUGCUGGUAAGGGAAAUAUAGAAUUGGUUGAGUUACUCGUGAGAAAAGGAGCUAACGUGUCACUCGUCGAUAGAUUCGACAACAACAUCCUUCACUCUGCCUGUCUGGGAGGACAUGUGGAGGUUGUGAAGUAUGUCCUCUCACAGGACAUUGUGAAUAUAAAUAGUAGAGUAUGGUGCGGGAGAACACCGGUGAUGCUGGCAGCAGAGAACGGACAUAGAGUAGUGGUAGAGUUACUUGUGAAUGUAGGAGCUGAUGUGACACUCGUGGAUAAAAAGGGUGACAACCUCCUUCAUUUCGCCAGUUGGGGAGGAAAUGUGGAGGUGGUGAAGUUUGUCCUCUCACUGGGCAUGCUGUCCAUCAACAGUAGAGGAUGGCAGGAGAUAACACCGGUGAUGCUGGCGGUAGAUAAGGGACAUAACGACGUGGUAGAGUUACUUGUAAGUAAAGGGGCUGAUGUGUCAUUCUUGGAUAAAGGACAUGGCACCCUCCUCCACUUUGCCUGUAGGGGAGGAAAUGUGGAGGUGGUAAAGUUUGUCCUCUCACUGGGCAUGCUGUCCAUCAACAGUAGAGGAUGGAAGAAGAUGACACCAGUGAUGACGGCAGCAGAUAAGGGACAUAAAGAAGUGGUAGAGUUACUUGUAAGUAAAGGGGCUGAUGUGUCACUCUUGGAUAAAGGACAUGACACCCUCCUCCACUUGGCCUGUAAGGGAGGAAAUGUGGAGGUGGUGAAGUUUGUCCUCUCACUGGGCAUGCUCUCCAUCAACAGUAGAGGAUGGCAGGAGAUGACACCAGUGAUGCUGGCAGCAGAUAAGGGACAUAAAGAAGUGGUAGAGUUACUUGUAAGUAAAGGGGCUGAUGUGUCACUCUUGGAUAAAGGACAUGACACCCUCCUCCACUUGGCCUGUAAGGGAGGAAAUGUGGAGGUGGUGAAGUUUGUCCUCUCACUGGGCAUGCAGUCCAUCAACAGUAGAGGAUGGCAGGAGAUGACACCAGUGAUGCUGGCAGCAGAUAAGGGACAUAAAGAAGUGGUAGAGUUACUUGUAAGUAAAGGGGCUGAUGUGUCACUCUUGGAUAAAGGACAUGACACCCUCCUCCACUUGGCCUGUAAGGGAGGAAAUGUUGAGGUGGUGAAGUUUGUCCUCUCACUGGGCAUGCAGUCCAUCAACAGUAGAGGAUGGCAGGAGAUGACACCAGUGAUGCUGGCAGCAGAUAAGGGACAUAAAGAAGUGGUAGAGUUACUUGUAAGUAAAGGGGCUGAUGUGUCACUCUUGGAUAAAGGACAUGGCACCCUCCUCCACUUGGCCUGUAAGGGAGGAAAUGUGGAGGUGGUGAAGUUUGUCCUCUCACUGGGCAUGCUGUCCAUCAACAGUAGAGGAUGGCAGGAGAUGACACCAGUGAUGCUGGCAGCAGAUAAGGGACAUAAAGAAGUGGUAGAGUUACUUGUAAGUAAAGGGGCUGAUGUGUCACUCUUGGAUAAAGGACAUGGCACCCUCCUCCACUUUGCCUGUCGGGGAGGAAAUGUGGAGGUGGUAAAGUUUGUCCUCUCACUGGGCAUGCUGUCCAUCAACAGUAGAGGAUGGAAGAAGAUGACACCAGUGAUGCUGGCAGCAAAUAAGGGACAUAAAGAAGUGGUAGAGUUACUUGUAAGUAAAGGGGCUGAUGUGUCACUCUUGGAUAAAGGACAUGACACCCUCCUCCACUUGGCCUGUAAGGGAGGAAAUGUGGAGGUGGUGAAGUUUGUCCUCUCACUGGGCAUGCAGUCCAUCAACAGUAGAGGAUGGAAGAAGAUGACACCAGUGAUGCUGGCAGCAGAUAAGGGACAUAAAGAAGUGGUAGAGUUACUUGUAAGUAAAGGGGCUGAUGUGUCACUCUUGGAUAAAGGACAUGACACCCUCCUCCACUUUGCCUGUCGGGGAGGAAAUGUGGAGGUGGUGAAGUUUGUCCUCUCACUGGGCAUGCUGUCCAUCAACAGUAGAGGAUGGAAGAAGAUGACACCAGUGAUGCUGGCAGCAAAUAAGGGACAUAAAGAAGUGGUAGAGUUACUUGUAAGUAAAGGGGCUGAUGUGUCACUCUUGGAUAAAGGACAUGACACCCUCCUCCACUUGGCCUGUAAGGGAGGAAAUGUGGAGGUGGUGAAGUUUGUCCUCUCACUGGGCAUGCAGUCCAUCAACAGUAGAGGAUGGAAGAAGAUGACACCAGUGAUGCUGGCAGCAGAUAAGGGACAUAAAGAAGUGGUAGAGUUACUUGUAAGUAAAGGGGCUGAUGUGUCACUCUUGGAUAAAGGACAUGACACCCUCCUCCACUUGGCCUGUAAGGGAGGAAAUGUGGAGGUGGUGAAGUUUGUCCUCUCACUGGGCAUGCUGUCCAUCAACAGUAGAGGAUGGAAGAAGAUGACACCAGUGAUGCUGGCAGCAAAUAAGGGACAUAAAGAAGUGGUAGAGUUACUUGUAAGUAAAGGGGCUGAUGUGUCACUCUUGGAUAAAGGACAUGACACCCUCCUCCACUUGGCCUGUAAGGGAGGAAAUGUGGGGGUGGUGAAGUUUGUCCUCUCACUGGGCAUGCUGUCCAUCAACAGUAGAGGAUGGAAGAAGAUGACACCAGUGAUGCUGGCAGCAAAUAAGGGACAUAAAGAAGUGGUAGAGUUACUUGUAAGUAAAGGGGCUGAUGUGUCACUCUUGGAUAAAGGACAUGACACCCUCCUCCACUUGGCCUGUAAGGGAGGAAAUGUGGAGGUGGUGAAGUUUGUCCUCUCACUGGGCAUGCAGUCCAUCAACAGUAGAGGAUGGCAGGAGAUGACACCAGUGAUGCUGGCAGCAGAUAAGGGAUAUAAAGAAGUGGUAGAGUUACUUGUAAGUAAAGGGGCUGAUGUGUCACUCUUGGAUAAAGGACAUGACACCCUCCUCCACUUGGCCUGUAAGGGAGGAAAUGUGGAGGUGGUGAAGUUUGUCCUCUCACUGGGCAUGCUGUCCAUCAACAGUAGAGGAUGGCAGGAGAUGACACCAGUGAUGCUGGCAGCAGAUAAGGGACAUAAAGAAGUGGUAGAGUUACUUGUAAGUAAAGGGGCUGAUGUGUCACUCUUGGAUAAAGGACAUGACACCCUCCUCCACUUCGCCUGUCGGGGAGGAAAUGUGGAGGUUGUGAAGUUUCUCCUCUCACUGGAUAUGGUGGACAUCAACGCCAGAAACAGCAAAAGUCAAACAGCAGCCAAUAUAGCGACGUCUCGAGGGCGAAGAGACAUUAUUGACCUUCUUAUGUCACAUGGUGGUCAAAUGUAUUAG